AUUGUUAUAUAACACGCCAAAACUAGAAGCUAAUAAACACCAAAGAAAAGUGUCCAAAAUCUAAAAAGAUUAUAAUUAAGAGAUGGAGAAAAAUAGCAACAACCAACAAAGUGAAAAUGAGAAGAAGCAAUCGGAAGAAGCAAAAAAGUUGGAGGGUUUGCCAAUUGAGACAAGUCCUUAUGUGCAAUACAAAGACUUGGAAGACUACAAGCAACAAGGCUAUGGUACCCAGGGCCACAUGGAACCCAAGCCCGGUCGAGGCGCCGGAGGCACCGAUGCGCCCACCCCUUCAGGUGGUGUGUCCGAUGGAUCCGCCACUGAUGUCAUCAACCGCCUAGGUGUUCCGUAAAGUGGACAAGUUAUUUUUAAAGUGUAGAUCCAUAUAUAUUUAUGGUGCUUGUGCAAUACCACAGUUGGACGUGGUGCUAACAAUAUAAAUAAUUCAUCUUAUCACGGGUUUUUGAAGAAAAAAAAAAAUGUACGAUCUAGUACGUCUUAAAAUCUUGUAAUACUUCGUUUACAUUUGUUGUUUUUGUUCUGCGUUGAAAUGAGAAAAAAAGUUACACGUUUGGAUGUUCUACAUACAAUGUAAUAAUGUUAUGGCUUCUUAGAUAUUCUGAAUGAACUCAAGGCGGGUAUGUAUGUCUCUUUUGUUUUCUCCUAUCAAUCGGAUUUUGUUCUUCUCAA